GAAGGCGUGACCGCGCAUGCGCAAACUAGCAACUCCCGGCCGGUGACUGCGAGACUUUAGCGCGCUAUCUGAAGUGGUUGUACUGGAGCGGGUCGGUUGGUGGCCUAUUUUUCGGGUGGCACCUGGACUAAAAUGUCACGUAACGAGAUUGUGGUAGGUUGCAGGAACCAACUUAAACAGAAAUACAGGACAAGAUAUUAUGGGAAUAGAGUUCAAGCUAUACCUGACCUGAAACCUGAGGAUAAUGCUGUGUCUUUUGUAAAUAAUUAUUUAAAUGUCACAGUUUCUAACUUGGAUUGUGAAGAUCAUGAAGAAUCAAAUGAUGGUAGACAUUUGUUCUCAGAGGGUCGUUUGAGAACUCAGCAAGAUCCAGCCAAUAAUUUGUCAACAAAGUCUCGUGUACAUGAUACACCUCAACGGUCUCAAGGUGGUGGGAAUUCAGUGAUACAAAGUGAUCCUAAAAAAAUCCGUAAUGCUAUAAAAAAGAAUGGAAAGCAACCUGAUCUUACCGAGCUAUUUUCUGAUGAGGAGUCUGAUGAUGAAGGCAGACAUUUAGUAGCAAAACUAAUAGAAGAAAGUUUGGCUGAGAAUGAAGAGAUAGUGGAUGGCAAGCUAGCGAACAAUGUUGAAAAACCUAGAGAAAAAAUAUAUAGCUCUGAUACUUCUGUGGUGCAGGAGCCAACCAGUCCAACUUAUGACAUUCAUGCAAGGAAAUGGUUGAGUUUUAAAAACGCAACAUUUGCAGCAAAUAACAAUGUCCUCCUAAAGCAUGUGGCAAGAAAAUCAGAAGAGUUCACAAAUAAUGCACAGCAGUUAAAGCAGUUGGAAGCAUCAAAUUCUAUAAAGGAGAAUCUUCAUCAUGCAGACAUUACGUAUGACUUACUUACAGCAUCCAGUGACUAUGGACCAAAGAAUGAAUUUGUUAUAGAGGAAGAGAACAGCUGUAAUAUAGAUGCCUGGGUUUCUCCACCUAAAAAGAAAAGGCUUUCUCCACCAAAAAGACAUGAACAAACACCAACUCCUAAAAAAACAAACUCAAAUAAAGCUUUCAGUAGUUUACAAAAGAAAUCUAAGAAUAUGAAGGCAUCACUGAUCAGCAGCACCACAGCUGAAAGAUUAUCCUCAAAGUCCUCUGAAGCUCCGACCCCUUCCCAUGCUGUUAUUAGUAAUGAAGAAGAGUUUGAGAUAAAUGAUAUAUCUGAUCUAAAUGAAUCAAACCUUUUCACAAUUCCUGUGAGGGCAAAAUCAAUGCAAAUUUCUGUAGACAAGAAAGAGGUAGAUGUCCCUGCUCAGAUACAUCCAAAGAAGUCUGUAAAUGUACAAUCAGGUAAUACUCUCAUGCCCAGUCCUGCAGAAGGAUAUAAACGUUCUCUUCAGAAAGCUGCUUUGUCGGUGGAUGCACAAGACAUUGAAAACCCACCUAUAUCUCAAGGUGCUGCAUCGAGGGAAGGUGAUGAAGAGGAAGCUGUUUCAUCUAAGGAUGCUCAGUUACCACAAGAUUUAAAACAGGACUCUGAAAGUGACGACUCUAGUCAUGAAGAUGAUGUUUUGUUAGUCGAAAUUAAAGGAGAAAGUGAUUCUGACCAUACAGAGAGCGACAGUUUAAACAGUAUAGAACAGGACCAACAAAGAAGAAUCGGUGAAAGGAAAGAGAGUGAUCAGCAUGCUGAACCGAUUUUGGGGGAUUUACACGAAACAUUUAGUAUAAAAAAUAGAAAAGAAAAAAAUUAUUUGCCAGUAAUUGAAAUUCCCAGUGGUUUGCAGAGGAAAACUAAGAAUGUGAACUCAUCGCCUGUCAGAAGCACAAUGGCUAAAAGAUUAUCCUCAAUGGCCUCUGAAGCUCCGACCCCUUCCCAUGCUGUGAAUGGUAAUGAAGAGGAGUUUGAGAUUGAAGAUCUAUCUGAUAUAAAUGAAUCAAACCUUUUCACAAUUCCUGUAAAGGCAAAAUCUGUGCAAACUGUUAUGAACAAUAAAGCGUUAAAAAUCAAUGCUCAAAUACAUCCAAAGAAGUCUGUAAAUGUACAAACAAGUAAUACUUUCAUACCCAGUCAUGCAGAAAAUGUACUUCAGAAAUCGCCAGAACGCAUUGAACCACCACCUAUAACUCAAGGUGCUGCACUGAGAGAAGGCAAUGAAGAGCAAGCUUCUAAGUAUGCAAAUGUGCAAGUAGUAGGCAUAGAAAGAGCAGAACAUGUUCAUAAAGAUAAUAAUUUGCUAAUGGAAAAUAAAGACAAAAGUAAUUUUGACCAUACAGAAAACGCAUGUUUGACCAUGCAGAGAACGCAGUUGAUACAGAGGAAAAGUCCAAGGAAAAAGAGUCAGCCUGCUAAAGAAGAUUUUUGGAAAUUAGACGAAACAUUUAGUAUAAGACAUAGGCCAGGUAAACAUAAAGCUAAAAGAGCUGCUUGCAAAAAGAAAAAAGUCUCUAAACAACUAGAAGAACAACAGAAAAAUAUGCUGGUUGAAGAGAAAAUGGGGGGAAAGUAUGCAGCGGAAAAGAAGAUCCAAGAGUCUAACAAGCAAAGAAAGUCUUCCACAAAGGAUCACAUGUCAAAUGUCCUUGAAGCUAAAGAAGAACAAGAUACUUCCACCACCAAACGUUCUCCCAGAAAAAGAAAUAACACUGGUGAAUUGUUGAAAGCAGAUGAGAAGGAACAUGUAGAAGAAACUGUUAGCAAUCAGCCUGACAGUGGAAGAAAACAAAAUGCUAAGUUGAGAAAUAAUCACCCACCAUAUUCUGCUGACCACGACAAAGAAGAAUCUGUUUUUCAAAGUGGACCUGUUACACGCCAGACAAGAGCAGUUCGACUUGUUGGACCUGUGAAACCAAUUGCUUAUGAUUUGGAUGUUCCAGAUAAAGAAGCUGAAUCUUCCACUGGUGGUCCAAAAACAGAUUCACACAUUUCCGGAAAAAAACAGGUUAUAGUAGAACGUUUCGUUGGUGGCCCAAAAACAGAUCCACAAAUCUUAGAAGCACAGAGAGAGUUAUUGAAACGCUGUUCAAUAGUUUUUGAUCCUGAUACGAAAAGUGAUGCUCUUAUAGAAUGUGUUGCGCAAAGUGAAAUGAGCACAUUUCUUGGAGAUGAAUCCUGCAAGUAUUGGUCUAACUUCAACAAUAGUAUAUUUAGCACUGGAAAGAUGAUUAUCGCUCCAAAAAGGAAGAGCGAAAGAUGCAUUUUUCUUUCGGAUAUUGUGGUUUACUAUGUUGAAAAAGGCAAGGUGCAACUGAAUCUGCACAAGACAGAACGGAUUUUAAAGGAUGGAGACUUCUUUUUCGUUCCUCCAGUACCAUCUGAUACAUAGGCCUAUGUCUCCAGUUGAUUUGGUAAUAGCUGCUCCAUAUCCAAUCUUCAGGACACAGAAGCAGUGCUCGUCUUUAAUUGUAUAAAAAUACAUCCAUUAUCUACAGAUUAAAGUCAUUUUGGAAUAUGUUUUACUGUAUGUACCUAACAGUCAUUUGUAAUAUUACUAUAAUGUAGAUGUUAAUAUUAUAUGCAAUACAAGCAGUUUUGCUAGUAAAUUGGAUUUCCAGAUAAAGAAUCGUGCUGCAGAAUCAUAAAAUAUUUUAAUGUCCAUGCUUUUUUUUCUGCUCUGUUUAUGUGCCUUAUCUGCAUUUACUGAAUCCUUUUGACUUUCAAGAUGAUGUCAAUACACCUAUGUGACCAUAUCAUCAUAAUGGCAAGCAUUCUAUGACUGUCAAAUUAUACGGUGUGCAGGGAAACUGGCCGUCUGACGGACAGCUUAACAUUUUAACAGGCUUCCUUGUCACAAAUAAAAACAAAAUGAUUUAUUACAGAGUCAUGACACUUGAAAAGUGUUUUAGAGGUAGUCUCUUUGGCUUCCUCCCUCCUACCAGGUCUCUCCUGGCUUAGGGUAUAAGGAAAGACAUGUCAUUCAAGCCCAGCCAGGUAGAGGGGAGUUGUGAGACCCCCUCAGUAUAACAUAGUAGUUUGGAUAAGGACGCCUGUAGCAAUUUGAUGUUACCUGAGGUUUAGAGAGCAGAAAUCUACAGAUUCCUUAUAAAUAUACAGUGAGCAAAUAAAAAAAGUUCACUUUUUUGCUAAUAACUAGAAAACCUUUCAUAUGAUGUAUAAAGCAUUAUACAUAAUUUUUUAUGUCUGUUAGAUACAUGUGAUGAAUUUUGACUUAUUGCCACAUAAUGUCUAAACAGGUUUUUAUGUAUGUUCUGUAAAGUUAAUUUAAUUGAUAUGUUUUGAACAUAAAUGUUGUGUUUUGUUUUUAUUUUUACUUCAAUGCAUCUAAAAAAGUGUCUAUUUAAAUAUCCUACUCUUGCAGCUCAUGUACAUACCUAUAUUUCUCAAGUGCAAACAAAACCAUGCACUUUAUGUACUUUUCCCUUCCAUCUGACCCCUCUGCUACAGUCUGUAAGUUAGGAAGUAGGGGGCAAAUGGAAAGGUGUUUUAGUCUCCAUGGAGAUAUUCAGGUAUGCAUUAAGACUGUAUACACAAAACAUGCUUUGUUUUAUUCAGAAUGUUGGAACAUUCCUGCAUUAUAUAAGCAAUAAAACAAGUUAUUUGAAAAAAA